ACUUCUCGUUGGAUAAACAUGAAUGUUUUACUGAAUUUUGCUGCCCUGUUGGUUUUCCUACUCCUGGCCGUUCCCAUUUAUUCGAAUCACUUUGCCAGUCAGUUGUAUAGCCAGGCAUCCCAUGGUAACCAUCAUAGAAACCUUGUUCUGUCGCCAGCCACCACAAAUAUGGCCCUGGGUCUGGUUUUCUUUGGGAUGAGGGACUGCCCGGAGCUGACGCAGGUGCUGGACACAAUGCGACACGGCGACUUGGCCACGGAUGCCAUCAAAAUGGUGAAUCGUUUGUAUGUGGACAGGAACAUCCAGUUGAUGCCCGCCUACCAGGAGGCCAUCUCGGACGAUCGCAUGGGCCAGCCUGCCAAAAAGGUGGACUUUAGUGAUCCGCAGGUCGCCAGCGAAGAGAUCAACUCCUUUGUUCGCAUUCUCACGGACAACAAGAUACAGCGGUUCAUGCAUCGAGGCCACCUGGGCAAAGACAUCCAAAUGGCGAUUGCGAAUGCCGCGUACUUUCAUGGCGAAUGGGCCGGGAUCAAGUACAGCAAACCCCUUCCCUUCUAUCCCUUGAAUGGUACGGAGGAGCUGCUGGUCGACACCCUGGAGACGUACGAUGCCCUGCGCUAUGGCAGCAUCGAUUAUCUAGACGCCCACGUCGUGGAGUUGCCCUACCGAAGCGAACAACUCUCCAUGAUCAUCAUUCUACCCCGUGAUCCGAGGCAGAGUCUGAACAAACUCAGUAGCCUCAUUCGAGAUGUGGAUCUUGUGCCGCUCACAGAGAAUCUCACCAAAGAGUUUGUCCAUUUGCAGCUGCCAAAGUUCCAGGUGGAGACACGACUGCCCCUGGAGACUGUACUGCGACCCCUGGGCGUGAAGACCAUGUUCCAUGCGCCCGUUUUAGACAAAAUGAUUGCCAGUCGUGAUAGGAGCCAUAAAAUUGGCACAAUUUUGCACCACAGCGCCAUUGAGGUGAGCGAAUCGGGCCGCGGGUAUUCUCCCCUGAUGAUGGUGAGCCAGCAAAUGGGCAGGAAACCCAUUCAAUUCUGGGCCAAUCAUCCGUUCAUCUUUGCCAUCAAGGAUUCGAAUCAUAUCUAUUUCAUGGGCCAUGUGGUGGCACCCACAUAAGACCCAUAGUGGGUCUAUUGUG